AGACAAAGUCGCGGACUGCGGUAGGUCGUGCCAACGGCGCCUCGAUCGCAGUCGCUGUUUCCCGCCACGCGACACGCACAUUUUCUUUGAAAAUUCGCGCAAUUGCAAAGAAAAAAAGUGAAAAUCGCGGAACAUUCGGUGCCUUAGUGCGUUGUGUUUUUUUACAUAAUCUCCUUUUUUAUACCAAUGUUAUAGAAAAUUUACAGCGUGAUCGCACUUGUGGACUUGAAUGUUUCGAGUAGCAAGGAUUAUUUGGUCUCUAGCGGAACAUAGUUUUAAGAUCAACUAAACUCGCACUCAAACAUAUCGACGAAAGCAAUAAAUAAAUAAUAAUUUUAUAGAAUAAUUAUAAUUGUAAUAGGAAUGAAAUUCCGUCCAUAUUGAGAAUAUAAACGUAUUUUUUUUACAAUUUGAAAAAACAUAAAUAAAUGAGCUCACUUGGUAGUACAAGAGAAGGCAUAUUAACAAACAGCAUGGCGUUCGUUAGUUUAAGAAGCAGUUUAAGGAUAUUGUGGACAAUGACGGCGGCAUUUGUUUUCUUGACGAAAAGCAGCGCUGCUCCAACUUUUCAUGACACGGAUAAGGCUAUGAUGUAUUUAGCGCAAUAUGGUUACUUAAAUCCAUCAGUACGGAACCCCUCCAGCGGCCAUAUAAUGGAUGAAGCAUCGUGGCACCGUGCCAUCUCCGAAUUCCAAAGUUUCGCUGGCCUCAAUAUAACAGGUGAAUUGGAUGACGAAACAGCAAAACUCAUGUCUUUACCGCGAUGUGGUGUUCGAGAUAAGAUUGGGUUUGGGGAAAGUCGUGCCAAAAGAUACGUGUUGCAAGGUUCCAGAUGGCGUGUGAAGAACCUUACGUACAUGAUUUCAAAGUAUCCGUCACGUCUGAACCACGCCGAAGUUGACAUCGAGUUAGCCAAAGCUUUCUCUGUGUGGUCAGACUACACUGAUCUUACGUUUACGCAGAAGCGUACCGGUCCGGUGCAUAUCGAAAUUAGAUUCGAAAAGGGAGAACAUGGAGAUGGAGACCCAUUUGACGGACCUGGUGGAACUCUUGCUCAUGCGUACUUCCCUGUUUAUGGCGGCGACGCUCACUUCGACGAUGCUGAAGUAUGGUCCAUUAAUUCACGGCGCGGAACCAACCUCUUCCAGGUUGCAGCCCACGAAUUUGGUCACUCGCUAGGGUUAUCUCAUAGUGACAUCCGUUCUGCACUCAUGGCUCCCUUCUACCGAGGUUACGACCCAGCCUUCCAGCUCGACCAAGAUGACGUGCAAGGAAUUCAGGCCUUAUACGGACACAAGACCCAACUGGAUAUCGGCGGCAUUCCUUCAGCGCCUCGCGCCACUACGCCGACGACGUCAGCCGAAGAUCCAGCCCUGUGCGCAGACCCGACCAUUGACACCAUCUUUAACUCUGCUGACGGUGCAACAUUUGUUUUUAAAGGCGAGCACUACUGGCGGCUCACAGAGACUGGCGUGGCGGCGGGCUAUCCUCGGCUGAUUUCGCGCGCCUGGCCCGGCUUGCCCGGUAACAUCGAUGCCGCCUUCACAUACAAGAACGGGAAAACAUACUUCUUCAAGGGUUCCAAAUAUUGGAGAUAUAAGGGACAAAACAUCGACGGCGACUAUCCGAAGGAAAUAAGUGAAGGGUUUACUGGUAUACCAGACAACAUAGACGCGGCGUUGGUUUGGUCAGGCAACGGUAAAAUUUACUUCUACAAGGGUUCCAAAUUCUGGCGGUUCGAUCCAUCUCAACGCCCUCCGGUCAAAUCCACAUACCCCAAGCCGCUUUCUAACUGGGAGGGCAUUCCGGAUAACAUCGACGCAGCUCUGCAAUACACGAACGGGUACACGUACUUCUUCAAGGGAUCCUCAUAUUGGAGAUUUAACGACAGAACUUUCAGCGUGGACACGGACAAGACGGCGUUCCCGCGCUCGACGGCGUACUGGUGGCUGGGCUGCAGCGGCGCGCCGCGCGGCACCGUCGGAGGUAACGCGCGCCUGUCCGCCACAUACACGCCGCCGCCCGCCGACGACGACGACGUCGGCGACAUUAUCUUCGACGCAGGUGUAAAAUCAUCUGCUCCCAGAUCAUUCUUCUGGUUCAGGAAAUAGCUUCGGUGGAGAGUUCCUGAACAUUGUACAUAGAGAAAUAACAUAAAGAACAAAGACUCAAUUAGUAAAAUAGGAGAGCAUAUGAGUACCAGUGAGAUUUAAACAUAAGCGGUGAUUUUAGUACCGGCGAGCUUGUCACGCGCCACCUUUGCCAACAUUCAAUCUGAUGGAGCUAAACUGUAGUUACUCGUUACCUCGAGGCUCCGAUACAUUAGGAGGGCGCACAAACGUCCUCCGCCGUGGCGUCACUCACCCGUAUCGUAGGUUUCCAUUUCAUUUGUUUUGCUACCAUCUCCGUAAAAUCCGUUCCCUAUAAGCAUGCUUCUAACACUCAACGAAUUUUACGGCUCAUUAACUUUCAAACGUGCGCUUCUUAUAGUCAUUACAUUCGAAUUGUUUGCAAUAUGUAGCUGUAUUGUGUGAUGUAACUCGAAAGCCUGCACGUUUGCACAUAGUGAUGGGUGAUUAGAACAGAGAUUAAUAUACAGUUGUGUCGGACAGAUGAAGGUGAAAGGGCGGGUGGCAGUGGUGGCAGUGGUGGCAGCGGCGGCGGGUCGGCGCGGCCAUCGCUGCUGGCGCUAUUCGCGGCGCUGUGCGCGCUACUGGGGGCGGCGGCGAGCUCGUAGCGCCGCGCCUCGCCGCAUCUUCCACUGUGAUCAUGUUGUGUGCCUGUCAUCGUUCGGUGUAUUGUAUAUAGCGAACGUCUUGCUGUGAUUAUGAAUGAUUUUUAUACUGUUGUGAGAACAAUAAUUUAAUGCGAAGUCAUAGUUUUUAUACUUAAAAUAAAUAGAUGAUGUAAGUUCGAGUGUGAUAUUGACGUAAGCGACCAUUUUUAUAUUAAAAUAUUCAAAUUGG